AUGAACUCGACAAGCUUACACAUCAUUGAAAGAGAAAGAAUCUUCAACGGCAUUAACCUUGCAAUUCUUUCUGAGGUAGAUGAUCGCCCUUCAAACUACGUUUCACACGAGACUUUUACAUGUAAGAUAGACGGAGAAGGUUGGUCGGUGAGCACAUUAAACCUUCGUGAGAUUUCAGCAGUUCCUCAAGAUGCUCUUGAAGAGAUGAAGAAGAGCGAAGGCAUACUGAAGUUCGGCAAAUGGCCAGACUGGACGGAUGGCAGAGGGAGGAUCGUGUAUUGUUUUACCAGAAUGAACCAGCUUCUUAUCGACCACCAUCCUCCUACAAAAGACUUGAAGAAGAAUUCUCUUGUAGGCAUCCGCUGCCUUCAGAUCAGAGACGACCUUGUUCCCCUUGAUGUUGGUGUGACUCCAAUAAGAACCAGAAGCUCACUCAAUACGCUGGAUACGCUGUAUGCACCAGAAGCUUUCGUUGAUGUAACGGUGGAAAAGUCCAUCGAAGUGGAUCUUUUGGCGACAUACAAGCCGCCUGAACAGUAUGAGCUAAUACUGCCUGGAAAUAUGGUGAAAAGUGGUUCAUGUUUAAAACACUUUGUUCAACUCGAGCUCAAGCUGACCAACACGUUUUUCUGUUCCUGUAAAGGUGACGUCUUCAUAAAACAAAUCACCAUUAUUCUAGAGGAGCAUCUUAGAUAUCAGCACCUAGAGCUGAAGGGGUGCCGUGUAUCCGAGGAAGUUCGAACAGUGGUCUUGAAAGACUCAAGCAUCAACUAUUCCAUCUCCCACACUGACUUCAAGAAUAUCGGCACUGGAUUUUUCUAUUUUCCUGAAGUGUCAAUGUACAAUUGCAACCUUCCAAAUAUUGGGCCCACCUACAGUUCGAACAAAUGCACUAGGAGUUAUUCUAUUCGAUUCAAUAUCGAUUUGGAAUGUGCAUCAAAGAAGUGUACCCAGCGGAUUUUCACUGUCAUGGAAAUUGCAGUUGCUACAGAGGUUGGUCUGUCCGAGCCCAUUCUUCAAGUUCAUAAGAAACAAGAUGUGGUGCUAGUUAAAAAUUUUCCCUUGAACUCCAAUCUCGGGGAAAAUGCUAUUCGAUAUUGCUUCAAAACGCGAGACGAGAUGUCGUUGGACAUGAUUAGUUUUCAUCUUUCCUCUGUUGUCGAAGGCGAUAAGGCUUUGGUAAUAGCCACCUUACAUACCACCGACUGCUAUGACAUGCAAAGUGAAAGAAAGGUGAAAGAGAUCGAGUCAAGUGAAGUUCUAGCGUUAUAUCCGAGAAAAGGGGUUUGGACGGUCAAUGCUGCAAAGUUGACCACUUCAAUUGCUGGUAUUCCGGGACGAAUGUUUCAAGUUUCCAGGUUCGUGAAUGUUUUUGAUAAAUUCCGGUUCUCAAACUCAUACGGUUCCAGACAGGGUCGCUAUUCCUUCAUGUCUGAUUAUCGAGGAGCACUUAUGGCUGGCCCAGGAAUGACUCUCGAUUCAACAAUCACCUUCAAAUUCAUUUCAAGUUGCCGUUCCUUUGUUUCCAUUUACUUCAGCAAUCUUGAAGUUAUUCUUGGUCAGCAGACUGUGAAGCUCAACAAGAAUUGCAGAGAAGCCAUUCACAAAGAAUAUAAGUUGCAUAGCGAAAAUGGUAAACAUGUGAGUUUCCGAGAGAUUGACGAAAACGGGCAGAAGAGUUUCUUGUUUGAAGGAUUACUCGAAGGCUGCAAGAUCCCGAAUGUCUUGCCCUCCACUUUCUCCCACUAUUUCCACAAGGGCUACAAACUUAAUGUUAGCAUAGAGGCACAUGGAACUACAGUGGGUUCUGAUGGCUGUAUGAAGAGGAUUGAUUGUAACUUCUCGGAGAGCAUUGAAGUCCUCAUGGGCAUCAAUGAGUGUUACCGCCUAGUGAGAAAAGAAGGACACGAAAAAACUUAUAUUAACUAG